CUCUGUUUGAGCCUCUGGUCGCUAUUGCAUGUUCUGUGGUUUUUGAUCCAUCGCAAUUUUGAUACACCGAGUAUAACUGUUUCGCAAUAAUAGGGUAUUAUCGGUUUGAUUCUUUCAUGAAAACCCAUACUCAUGUUUCGAAAUCAGUUUAUGCACUUCCUGAAAUCGAUCCACACAUUCCUAAGGAAAAUUAUAUUUGAUCAUUAAUUCGUUGCGUUAAACACAACUUUGAUUCGGUUCCAUUCAAGGGUUCGUUUGUUCUUCAAGCUUCGAAGUCCUUUUCAUUCAAUGGCGGGUUCCUGCUUCCACGCGCUUCGCCUGCGAAGGUCAAAGAGUAAACCUAUUGGCGAGCCGUCUUCUUCGACGAGGACCAGGCUGGAUUCUGACAUGGAGAAAAUGGAGAGGAGGAGAUUUGAUAGUCUGGAAUCGUGGUCUAUGAUAUUGGACUCUGAGAAUGUGGAAACAUGGGAGGCGUCUAAGGAGGAUCAUCAAGAGGAAUGGAACGCUGAUCUUUCGCAGCUCUUCAUAGGAAACAAGUUCGCUUCUGGUGCUUAUAGCCGGAUUUACCGCGGAAUUUACAAGCAGAGAGCCGUGGCUGUGAAAAUGGUGAGGGUUCCAGUACAGGACGAGGACAAAAGAGACGUACUGGAGAAGCAAUUCAAAUCUGAAGUGGCUUUACUUUCACGUCUCUUUCAUCCUAACAUAGUGCAGUUUAUUGCAGCUUGUAAAAAACCACCAGUGUACUGUAUCAUAACAGAAUACAUGUCGCAAGGAAAUCUGAGGAUGUAUCUGAACAAGAAAGAGCCUUACUCUUUAUCUACAGAAACAGUGCUAAGGCUAGCUCUUGACAUAUCUAGGGGGAUGGAGUACCUUCAUUCACAAGGUGUGAUUCACAGAGAUUUAAAAUCAAAUAACUUGCUUCUCAAUGAUGAGAUGAGGGUGAAGGUGGCCGAUUUUGGCACAUCAUGUCUUGAAACACGAUGUCAGGAGAGCAAAGGAAAUAUGGGAACGUAUCGUUGGAUGGCACCAGAGAUGAUUAAGGGAAAACCUUACACUCGAAAAGUUGAUGUUUAUAGUUUUGGAAUUGUGCUCUGGGAGCUCACAACCUCUCUUCUUCCCUUCCAGGGAAUGACCCCUGUGCAAGCUGCCUUUGCUGUGGCAGACAAGAAUGAAAGGCCUCCAUUACCAGCAAGUUGUCAGCCCGCAUUAGCACAUCUUAUAAAGCGAUGCUGGUCAGCAAACCCCUCAAAGAGACCAGAUUUCUGCGACAUUGUGUCUGCUUUGGAGAAGUACGAUGAGUGUGUGAAGGAGGGCCUACCUCUUACUCAUCAUUCGGGUCUUGUCUCUCGAAAUGCCAUUAUUGAACGCUUAAAAGGUUGUGCUUCCAUCAUUUCCUCCUCUAUACCUGUACAUGCCUGAUUCCCCACUCUCUCUCCACCAGCUGUACUACCGUUGCCCCCCACACCUUAUGUUAUACCUUUCAUAUUUUUAAGCUCAUAUCAUAUACACACACAUAUAUGUGGAUUACCUUCAUCUUUAUCCCCC